AUACUCGGUAGAUCAUUGCCAAGUCCUUAUCCAGGAUUGCAAAAGUACCUGGCAGCACCACGGCCAAAACCCGCCCAUAAAUUAGUUUGGAACUCGUUGAAUAUUUAUUUGGAGUUUGGCCAGACGCACGACGGGCGCUGGUGGGUUAGGCUCAGGCAGUGGGUACGGCUGUCAUCAUUCAGGCCUUGGAGAACUUGGCUGGCGAGCAGUUCUUGGAGGCUGCGACUCUGGGACCUUUAGUCCAAUGUCGUCAAAGAGGCCUCUUCAGGCAAAAGCCCCAGCUGUCAUCAUGGUGUGGAGAAAUUGUUGCAUGGACCAGGUCCACUGGACCAGUCCAACGGUCAGUCGCCACAUUACCCUCCUUGCAUGUAAACCAUUUGGGAAGAGGAUUCAUUCUGUCAUCCACCGUCCACGCGCUCCAGGAUUUGGACCAGGUCCAUCUGGUGCUCUGUCAUCUUUUACCGGAUGUAACUCUUGAACCGAUAGAGCUGUUCUGGUAGACCCGGUCUUAAUAAUUUCUCGUUCUGGCCAUGGCGAAGAAAAGGUGAACCAGGCCUUUGGUAUGGCAAUUGAUGCCCCUGCCCUGUCUUCUUCGCUUCUUUUACUUUCUGUUAAACAAGACAGUGGGAGAGCAGAUUCUAUAUAUAUGUAUAUACAUUGGAAGGAUCAUUCUCUGGUGGCUCACAUCUCUCUCUCUCUCUCUCUCUCCCCGUGUGUGUGUUUCAGAAGCUCAUGUUCCUAUGCUCUUCAACUGAGCCUCCUUUGGGCUCUUCCUAAUGAACUGUGCUGGUGCCUGGUUAUAUGAAGUGACUUGAUUAACCCAGCAGCUCAACAGCCAAGUGGUGGAGCAAAUGGCUCGACAGGAUGGUGGGUGGCCCCUGGGACUGCAGCCAUUGAAUGUGAGGGCUGGUUUAAUAAGGAACCUCGAUUUUUCUGGGUCUCUUUCCUUGAGUACUCGGGUCUCUGGUUCCCCAAGUUCAUCUUCUAUUACUUCAUCAGAUUUGGAUACAGAGUCCACUGGAUCUUUCUUCCUUGACAGGAGCAUCACACUUGGCAGCCUUAUGGGCAUUACAAGCAUUCUUGAGCUGUCGAGUAGAUCCCUUAGAAGAAGCAGGAAGCCAGACACUUCAAGAGGGAAGAGGAGCCAUACGAACAGAACUUGGUUCUCUCUUUGCACGAAGGCUCAGCUUAAAAGUGAGAAGACCAGUAAUGCUCCAUCCCUUGGCCAUUUUCUUGAGGUGGAGAGAAGAGCUAGUACUGCCCACAGGAGGAACAGGAAUCCUAUUACGUAUGAACUUGAUGGAUUGCCUGAAAACCAGCCCAAUGCAGCGACCAACUCUCUUUUUGCAAAUGGCCUUAUCGUUCCACCUCAAGUUGAUGGAAACGGAGCUCUGGUAUUGGUUGGAGACGUUAAGAAAUCAAAUUCUAGAGGAGGCUCGAGCGAUGACAAUGGCUACUGUUUUGCACUGAUGUUUCCAUGCAUGGGCGGUCAGUGCAGUCAAUGAAGACAGGCAUCAAGUUGCCAACUUCCAUUCUGAGAGAAUGUAUUGUUUUACAGUGCAAGUUCAGCUUUCGGUUCUAUGGUCUUAGCUCGGAACAUCUCACUUAUGGAAGCCCUCGGAGAAGGUGGAUCUGGUUUAGUUUAUCCCAAGGCUUGGAUCGCCAGGCACUCAGCCAAAAGUUCUACUGGGAGGGAUAGUGGUGGGUUCGGACUCUCUUGUUUCUAUUAGCACUUCAAGACACAUAAUGAAUUGGAGGGAAAAGUAGGCAUCCUUCAUUAAACCUAACCGGUUUUUCCCUUACCCUUUAGCUGAGAAAGCAAUCCUUUUUUUUGAACUCAAGAAAUAAAAGCUUCUUGUUGCCUGU